CUGGGCACAUUUCCAGCAGCUUCUACACCUGGUCAAAGGUCUCCUCUAUGACUCCCUCUCUCUCUCGCAGACCAUAGCACAGCGUCCGGUCCCUGUGUGUGACCAGUAUAUAUAUACCCCCCUCCCUCAUACACACACAGCACCGGUCUGUGCCCGAGCACCGGAGAGACACACACUUGGGAGGGAGAGGGAAGUCGGCGCAUGCGCAGAGGAAGUGAACCGAGACGCAGCAUGUAUCUCUCCGCCGUCUUCUGCUCUUUGCUGACCGGACUCACACUGUGCAGUCUGAGGGUCGCAGCGACUCAGCAGCUCCGUCACCCUCCGAGCAGGAUAGCGGUUGUUGGAGCCGGAAUUGGAGGAACAUCGGCAGCCUAUUUCUUACGUCAGAAGUUUGGGAAAGAUGUCCACAUUGAUGUAUUUGAGAAGGGCGAUGUGGGCGGCCGACUUGCUACGAUCGAGAUCGAAGGGAACCAGUAUGAGGCUGGGGGGUCCGUGAUACACCCCUUGAAUCUCCAUAUGAAAAGUUUUGUUAAAGAUCUGGGUCUGAGUACAUGCACGUUACCUGCAAAUCUGCUGGGAAUCUACAAUGGGGAUGAGUUUGUUUUUCAAGAGAGUGAAUGGUUCCUUAUAAAUUUUAUUAAAAGGCUGUGGAAUUAUGGACUGAAUUUCCUACGAAGGUACAUGUGGGUGGAAGAUCUUUUGGAUAAGUUCAUGAGGAUUUACCGCUAUCAGACGUUCGAUUAUUCUUUCUCCACCACAGAAUCCUUACUGCAUGCCAUGGCUGGGGAUGACUUUGUAUCAAAGCUGAACAUGACCAUAGAGGAAGAGAUGCAGGAAUAUGGCUUCACACAGAGGUUUAUUGAUGAAAUGGUGGUUCCAGCUAUGAGAUUCAACUAUGGGCAAGGAGUUAAGAUUAAUGCCUUUGUUGGUGCUAUCUCUUAUGCUUGGACUGAACCUGGAGUGUGGGCAGUGGCAGGUGGGAAUAAACUGGUUUGUAAUGGCCUUCUAAAUGCUGCAAAAGCCCAGCUAAUUCAGGGCUCUGUCACUUCUGUACAGGAGAGAGUUCACUCUACAAAGUCUGGAAAUACAGUGAAGAUGUAUGAAAUAAGCUAUGUAACAGACACAGGACCUGGGUUGGACUUGUAUGACAUUGUAGUCAUCGCAACACCACUCAACAAGAAACUUAGUAACAUAGCGUUUGUGGGCUUUGACCCACCAAUCGAAACCUUGCCCGAACCUUACCAGCAGAUGGUGACCACAUUUGUUCAUGGACGGAUCAAUGCUUCCUUCUUUGGAUGCUCCAAACCAUGUCAGUUUCCAUUAUCAGAUAUAUUGACUACGGAAAACCCCAAACUUUUUAUCCACAGCAUUUCAGCCGCGUCUCCAGUCAGCCCAGUACCAGAAUCUGAUGCAUCAAAAGCUUCAGGUCUCAGAGUCUGGAAAAUCUUCUCUCCGGAAGUCCUAAUCGAUGAACAGUUGCAUCAGCUGUUUGAGUCUUACCAUGCAGUUAAAGUGAGAAGUUGGUUAGCUUAUCCGAGAUACAGCCCACCAGAGAAAAUACCACCAAUAAAACUUCACCGUGCAAUUUAUUACCUGAAUGGCAUUGAAUGGGCAGCCAGUGCCAUGGAGCUGUGUGCCAUCUCUGCCAAGAAUGUGGCUCUUUUAUCUUACCAUCAGUGGUAUAGAAAGGAUGAUCACAUUGACCAAGAGGAUUUAGCAGAACGUCUAAAGUCUGAGCUAUAGAUUUAUUUUAUUUUUUAAUGUCUGACAUAAUUAUCAAUGUUAUAAGACUACUAACGACAAAUCCACCUUUAUUUUGAGAUAUUUACUUUAAUGUGCUCUUUUUUUUUUUUUUUUUUAACUUACCUAAAACUUUAUCACUGAGUGUAGUGGAGCCAGAUUCUACUCUCUUGCUGGGUCCCCUCAGAGAGUUGAAGGGCUAGGGGAUACAGAAAUAACAGGAGCACCACACAUCCAGAAAGGUAUGUUUAUUUCCUUAUAAAGCCAAUGUUUCUUUUUUUUUCUUUUGAGGAAAUAAACAAAUUUUUGGGC